AUGCCUUGUUGUGGAGGAACCAAGGCUGGUGGUGGUGCUUUGUUGAGGUCGGUGAGAUCCCUCCGAGUUCUACCUCCGUAUCCCUUGAGCCGGUUCCAAGAUUGGGCCUCGUUGGGCGACGCUACUCAGAUGGCUGCUUCGGACAUUCUGGAUUACGAUGAAAAGUCAUGGAACCGUCCUGGCGAGAACAAGAUCGAAGAGCUGUCGUUUGAAACCAUUACGCUGGAGGCGGGGCUUGGAGAAGAUGUCGAGAAGCAGUUUGACGAGACUGCAGUCGGGGUCAUUAUGAAUGAUCUCAACUUUACUGAGGAACAGGUUUGGGACUGCUGGGUCAAUCACUAUCAGGACUACUUCUGGGAGGAAUUGGAAGAGGUUGCCGUGGCUACGUACUUUGAAGAUCUGGGAUGGAAUCGCCAUUCGUUCGAAGACGAUGAUCCUCCUGAGAGUGACGAUAUGGAAUGGUUUCAGCUCACUGACAAGGAGAAGUUGGCAGCCGAGGCAUUGUGUUACUUCCCUGAGUUAUGGGCCGGUGACGUUGACAUUGCCGACUGGGAGAACCAGCCGGCUGGUGCCGGGGUGAAUCGCCCUACUAGUGUGGGCAACCAGACCUGGGAGGAACGCCCCGGUAUAUUUCCAUGGUCUCUUCCUCUGACUCGCCUGACUGUUUGGGAAGCUUUGUCUGCAGUAGAACAGACGCACGCCACUACUCUCGGAUUCAACGAAAGCACCUGGAAUAGCCCCGGAACGGCAGCAAUUGAAACUUCGUUUGACAGUUUCGACGAGUUGAGCGCGGCAAACAAAUCUGCUGCGGAGGGGUUGGGUAUCGAUGAGUUCUUUUGGGAUUGUUUGAUCCAGCACUAUUCCAACCGUGGUUGGAAUCAGUUGCAAGCUUUGGGUGUCCAAGAUUACUUUCUGACCCUUGACUGGACCUUUGCGUCGUGGCAUGACAUCGUUCCACCUCCAGCCACCGAUAGCAUGUCGUUUGCGGACUUGACGAUGGAACAGCAGGAGGCUGCGGAGCAACUAUGUUACUUGCCCGAGACAUACCCUCGAGGUGGAGAUCUUUUCAACAUCAACUUGCAGAGUUUUUCAGAGCCACCCAGCGCUGCUCCAAGCGUUGCUGUUUAG